AUGUCCAACAAGGACUGGCAUCGCUACAGCAUUGAGUUCUGCGGAGGCACGCAUGUUGACAAGGCUGGGUGUUCGGCGCAUCGUGGCGGUCACUGGCCAAGAGCGUGGCAGGCCAGGCGGACUGCCGUUCGUGUGGAAGAGCCCUUGGAGGGCCUUGAGUACAUGGCCCCAUCUCCGAAGAAGGAGAUUCUUAUCAAGCAAGCACAAGCCGAACUUACUACAUCCGCAAUCUCCAAAUAUGAUUUCCAGGGACACUCGAAGAGCAGUCUAGUAGCAAGCGAGUGCAGAACGGACGUGGCCAAGGUAGAGGAGGGUGUGGAUGCUGCGAGAAUGUAUCUCGAGAGGCUAAAGGUUUGA